AGUCUAGGGGUCUUUGGAGGUUGUGUCCUCUUGGCCCGGCGGUAGGGAGGCCCUGGGAGCUUCGCCGACUGUCGGUCCGCGACUAUUUAUGCGUGACCUCACUUUGGCCCGCGCGCGCGUGUAUGAAGAGACAGGUCCAGGGAGGGAAGUACCCUGGGCCAAGGUCACACACCAGCUCAGGAACACAACCAUGGACAGGGCCCAGGGCUCCUGAUGUACCAGCCAGGCUUCUGUGCCAGUGUCUUGUGCCCCACACCUCACCCUGCUUCAGAAGUCCUGACAGAGCUGUGUGGAGGCCGUCCUGGCAGGCUCCCGGGAUUCGAAGCCAUUAGACCCCACAUGGAAUCCAGUGCCUCAAGUCCGGCUGCUGCACCCUUGGUGAAGAGACAGUUCCAUGUUCUCGUGGGUGUCACUGGGAGUGUUGCAGCCCUGAAGUUGCCUCUUCUGGUGUCUAGGCUUUUGGACAUUCCUGGUCUGGAAGUAGCAGUGGUCACAACCGAGAGAGCCAAACAUUUCUACAGCCCCCAGGACAUUCCUGUCACUCUCUACAGCGACGCUGAUGAAUGGGAGAUGUGGAAGUGCCGAUCCGACCCAGUUCUCCACAUUGACCUGCGGAGGUGGGCCGACCUCAUGUUGGUGGCUCCUCUUGAUGCCAACACCUUGGGGAAGGUGGCCAGUGGCAUAUGUGACAACUUGCUUACCUGUGUCAUCCGAGCCUGGGACUGCCGCAAGCCCCUGCUCUUCUGCCCAGCAAUGAACACCGUCAUGUGGGAGCAUCCCAUCACGGCGCAGCAGGUGGGCCAGCUCAAGGCCUUCGGCUAUGUUGAGAUACCUUGUGUGGCCAAGAAGUUGGUGUGUGGAGACCAAGGUCUAGGGGCCAUGGCCGAGGUGGGCACCAUUGUGGACAAAGUGGAAGAAAUCCUCUUCCGGCAUGGUGGCUCUCAGCAGAGUUGAACCCAGGAUUUCUGUCAUGUGUGUCUCUCUGCACUCAGCGUGUUUUCAGGCCAAGUCUAUGAAGAAGGUGGAUGUUGGCAAAAUACGGUGAAGACUUCUGCGUUUACUGGGGAGGAAUCUGGCCUGGGCCGGGGGCCUGACUUGCCUCAGGUUCAAUUAGACCAAAGGCCCAGGUCCCGACUUCUUUCCAGCUAAGAGAUGCCUGCUUUCCAGAACCCUCUUCCCCUUUCCCUGGGAUUAGCACAGUAGGCUGCUGUAUGUCCCUGUGCUCUGGGAGGGGGACUGAGGGAUGAUGGAGAAACCUUGGUUCUCCCUGGUGCCUGGGAGCUGCUUCAGCUCCUUGGUGGGCUGCCCGGGCACCAUGCAGAGUCAGAGAAGCCUGUGAUUAGCAAGACGCUGAGAUUCUCCGUAGACCAUAGGGUGAGAUCGGGGGUAAUGGGGAAUAAAGAAGAGUGACCUGUAGGAGUCCGUGUCCUUCCUUUACCUCUGUCUGUGGUCUCGGAGAUCAGGGGCAUUGCUUGGUGUGGUUGGCCAAGGGUCGGGGCUGACAACUGACCUGCAUGUCUUCCUGCCAGUCUCAUGUGGUGGUUAAGACAGACCCUAGUUCAAAUCUCAGCUCUGCCAUGUGCUAGCAAGGCUAGCAUUCCUGGACCAUGGCUCAGGGCUCUCAGCCUUUCUGACUCUCGCUUUCCUCAUCUCGAUGAUCCUGCCCUCACGGAGUUGUUGAGAGAAUUAAAUGAGGUUAUGUGUGCAAGGUA